UUUCUGUUUAUUUAUUUUUAUAAUUAAUCAUUUUGUGUGAAAAUUGAUGAUAUGGAUAAUAUUUUGAAAAUAUUAUGCUCUCAGUUUGUGCCCAUCAGCUGAUGUUCAAAAGGAAAUCUGAAUAAACUUGUCCAACUCAACAGAAUUUACAUAUAAAUUACAGAAAAUGGGAGAAGGGACGUGUUUUAUAUGUUUUGUUGAAAACACUAAAGUAUUCGACAUCAAAAACACCAAUUUAGAACUUGUGUACGAACAAAUAUUGCAGUCAAAGAUUCAAAGUGAUGCAUACUUUGUUUGCAAUAUUUGCUACGUGAGGCUGGUACAGUGCAAAACUCUGAUACAACUAAUCAAGGAAGGAAAUGAAAGUGCUGCUGAUCAGACUGAACCAGAGUCUGUUGUACGAUGGACGACCACAACUUUCAACAUAACCUCCAUUGAACCUGAGUUUGCCACCAUGAAACAGGAGAAGUCUGGAGACACACUGGAACAUGCUGAAUCUAUAGUUAUAACUUUGACACCCAUCGAGCGCUUCACAUGUGAUGUUUGCAACAAGAAGUUUUGUACGAAAAACUAUUUGAAGACACACAUACAGAUACACAGCGGGGAACAACCUUAUCGCUGUAAUAUGUGCAAUAAGAAAUUCCUUCAAAGAAGCAGCUUAAAGAUCCACAGAAGAGAACACACGGGUGAGAAACCGUACGACUGUGAACUGUGCGAUAAAAAGUUUGCCCGUGGCUACUCUUUGAGGGUGCAUCAGAUAGCACACGCAAAGAAGAAGUACACUUGUGAUGUAUGCAGUAAGAGGUUUAAGUUGGAAAAGACCUUAAUCGCUCACAAAAGAGCCCAUAUAGGUGACAAACCGUUCACCUGUGGUGUAUGCGAAAAGAGUUACUCCCAAAAAUCUAUAUUAAAGGCGCAUCUUAAAACGCACACAGUUGAAAUACGAUGCGAUGCUUGCGAUAAAGUAUUCGCAAAUACCAAAAGUCUAGAAGUCCACAACCGAAUACACCUAGGUGACAAACCGUACUCCUGCACGCUUUGUGACAUGAAAUUCAGACAUAAUACCUCACUGAAAGUCCACACGAUGAACCAUACGGGUGAGAAACCACACUCCUGUGAUGUGUGCCAGAAAAAAUUCAGCCAAAAGUCCGCAUUAAGCGAGCACAUGCUAACACAUACAGGCGAGAAACCGUACACUUGUGACAUAUGCGGGAACAGCUAUAGCGGUCGAGGGUAUCUGAAAAAACACAAGAGAAUACACACGGGUGAAAGGCCAUAUACAUGUGAUAUAUGCUUUAAAAGUUUCACGGUCAUCGGCAUACUAAAAGAACAUGUUGCCACACAUAAAAAUGAAAAGUUAUUCGGUUGUAACGUUUGCGGUAAAAAGUUCUCUCAGAAGAAAAACGUGAGGGUACACGAGAGGAUCCACAGCGGAGUUAAACCAUAUUCCUGUGAUGUCUGCUGCCGUUCCUUCUCGCAUAAGAAUGGAUUGCGCGCACACAAGACAACGCACAGCUCGGAGAAACCGUACACCUGUGAUAUAUGCAGCAAACAGUUCAAACAGAUAGGCAAUUUGAAGCAUCAUUUUCGGAUUCAUACUGGAGAAAAACCGUUUGUAUGUGAAAUCUGUGAUCGAAGAUUCAGUCAGUUGAGUACGCUACACAAGCACAAACUAACGCACACAGAUGAGAAACCGUUUGGAUGUGAGCUCUGUGAUAAACGGUUUAGUCGACGGGGUUCAUUGGUGAAACAUAACCGAACGCACACAGGUGAAAAGCCAUACGUAUGUGAUAUAUGUCAACAGAGAUUCUCACAGAAUUCCUCGCUGCACACACACAGGAGAAUUCAUACUGGUGUGAAGCCCCACACAUGUAAUGUAUGUUACAAGUCUUUUAUUCAAACCAGCUCGCUCAAUAGACAUAGAAAGACGCAUGGUGAUCAUUAGUGUAAAUAAUAUAUUUCUCUUGUA